UGCAUCAAAUCGUAACACCAAUAUCGAGAAAUUACGGGUUCUAAAGACAAAGACUGAAGCCUUAGUAUAUUUAUAUACAAAAAGAGUAAAUUAUAAUAAUCUGUUACGUAAAAUCUCAUAGUUGGCGGUAACUCGGGUACCAAACGUUCGCCAGCACGCAAGAGCUAUCACGAAAGCCAAACGUCCAGUUCCUGUACAAUACCAAACCUGGCAGCUCCAGCACUCUGGUCGAGGGUGUCGCAGCUGCACCACCUUUUAUACCAGUUCUACUCUAUAACAGCUUUCAGUGUAGUAGAAUUUAUAAAGCGGAGUGUUCCGAUGCGACUAUGGCACUUCAAACGUUUGUGAAUUUGACUGUGGAUGGAAGUGAGUGUGACAAUGCCGAUCAGUUCUAUGAUACAGUGUUUAGUGCUUACAUGAAGAAAUCUUUCGCCAGCUUCUAUUGUCAGAGUAUAGAAAAUAAUACGCAGAUGGAAUCCUUAUACUUUGAGGAGAUACUAGCCGCAGAUAAUGUACCCGUGGAUGACCUGUCCACUGAUGUCUUCUUCACAGAAAAUAAUCCUUCCACAAAUAGCUUCAUUACUGAUACCUGUGACGGGAAUAACCUCAUAACGGACACAAAUAGCCUCACCUCGAAUUGCCUGAGCCUAGACAGUCUGACUGACGUGGACAGUCCGCAUACGAAUAGCUUCGUCGUGGACAGUCCGUCCAUGAUUACCCUCACCACGGAUCGAAUGUUUGACACAAACAACCCGUCCAAAAAUUGCUUCACCACAGACAGCCCGUCCUCGAACUCCCUCACCACAGAUAGUUCGUCUGAGGAAAUAACAAAGCUCCCUCAUACGGAGAGUGUAGCAAUGGAACAUGGGCUCACCAGCAGGAACUACGUUGUGCUUGGACAAGAGGCCACCUGCAAUAACAACUUACCCGCCAGCGACAAAUUACAGGUGGAUCAGUGCCUGGCGAGGACGCCGGAAGCUACCGUCAAUCAGUGUGAAGAGGAGCUCUUGCUCCUGGGCCAACAUGAGUGGGAUAGUUCUGACUUCCCGCCCGAUCAGGACUUGGACGCUAUCCUCGCCAGAUACCUGGUGGAGGAGGUUAUCACCGAGCCAGAAGCACUCAAGACUAUACACAACGAACUCCUGCCACAGGCUAGCUUGCCUUCUCACUGCAACCAACAUUUAAGUCGUGUAAAUUCUUCUAAAUCAAGUCAAGGUGACAUCAGGUCCAGAAGACAACGACGACGGACUCCUGCAGGGAGCGACGACGGUGCCGGACCCAGAAGACAACGACGACGGACUCCUGCAGGGAGCGACGACGGUGCCGGACCCAGAAGACAACGACGACGGACUCCUGCAGGGAGCGACGACGGUGCCGGGCCCAGAAGACAACGACGACGGACUCCUGCAGGGAGCGACGACGGUGCCGGGCCCAGAAGACAACGACUACGGACUCCUGCAGGGAGCGACGACGGUGCCGGACCCAGAAGACAACGACGACGGACUCCUGCAGGGAGCGACGACGGUGCCGGGCCCAGAAGACAACGACGACGGACUCCUGCAGGGAGCGACGACGGUGCCGGGCCCAGAAGACAACGACGACGGACUCCUGCAGGGAGCGACGACGUUGCCGGACCCAGAAGACAACGACGACGGACUCCUGCAAGCAGAGAAGACGACGCCGAGUCCAGAAGACAACGACGACAGGCUUCUGCAAGCAAGGAUGACGGUGCUGGGCCCAGAAGACAACGACGACGGACUCCUGCAGGCAGAGAUGACAGCGUCAGGUCAAACAGACAACGACGAGGGACUUCUUCAAGCACUAAUAGAGCCAAGUCUAGCAACCCGACGGAGAUGAGUCAGAGAUCCCGGGAACUGAAUAAUAUUGCCUCACGUUCCUACCGCCAGCGUCGACGUCAAAAUAUUUUGAAUAUGAAGGAAGAACUAAGACUUUUAGAGGAGAAAAACAUAUCGCUUCGACGCAAAUUCGAAAAGCUGAAAAAAGUAACUGACCACUUAAUGAAAGUAAUGAAGUUGGGCGUUUCCUGAGGGUAGCAGGCGGGACGCUGGUAUUCCCGUGCCCAUGAAAGAAAAGUAUAUUUGGCAGCCUCGCCAUUACUGCUUUAGUUAAACCUUAGGCUGCGUCUCCUGUAUUAUUUUCAGGGACAAAAUAUGCCAUUUUAUAAUUGUAUUAAAUUAUAUAUAUAUAUAUAUAUAUAUAUAUAUAUAUAUAUAUAUAUAUAUAUAUAUAUAUAUAUAUAUAUAUAUAUAUAUAUAUGUGUGUGUGUGUGUGUGUACUAUCUCGUGUAUUAUGCAGAAAAACGUGCAAAUAAAUUUAAAAUGUCCCCGAAAAUCUGUGUAUUUGACUUAAAAUGUUUGUUCGUAACAUUUUGUUCGUUAAAGCUGGAGUGAACAUGUGCACAGCAGUAAGAAUUAUGAUGAAAGAUAGUGGCUAAUACACAAUUUAAAUGUAUCACGAUGAGGCUUACAUAGACUUUAUAUAAACAUAAUACAUGCAACAAAUAUAAAAAUAAUACUUAAGUGAAA